AUGGCGUUGUUUCUGUGUUGUGUAGUGUUAACGUAAACGAAUUGAUGCCAAUGAGGGUCUACUCCCACGAGAUAGAGAAGAUUCACCCGGGGCCAUUGUUGGGAUAAAGUGGGAACUUGAUCCAUACCGUCAGAAUAUUCGCGAGAUAACAGAACCCAUGAAAACAAUGUCGUUUGAGAAUGGUAAAGACAUGAAGAUCCAUGAUAGAGAAGAUUCACCCGGGGCCAUUGUUGGGAUAAAGUGGGAACUUGAUCCAUACCGUCAGAAUAUUCCCGAGAUAACACAACCCAUGAAAACAAUGACGUUCGAGGAUGUUGAAGACAUGAAGAUCCAUGAUAAACCCAUGGAGAUUCCAGGAGAUUUCUCCUCAGAAACAACUAAUACAUCUGGCGGAAGUAUUCCAUCCUCUGGAACUGGCUCUGGAACUUCCGCUGCCAAAGUCAAAGAAGAGAAAGAGCUUCAAGAUCAGCAUUCCACUUGCGAGAAGAUAUUGUGUAAUAAAGAAGAUUCACCCGAUGCUAUUGUUGGGAUAAAGUGGGAACUUGAUCCAUACCGUCAGAAUAUUCCCGAGAUACCAGAACCCAUGAAAACCAUGUCGUUUGAGAAUGGUGAAGACAUAGAUAAACAUGAAGAAGAUUCAAAACUUCAGGGUAACGAGUGAGAGGAGUAUCAACAUCGCAGCCUGAAAAAUGUUGUGUAGUGAUUUAUCACCAGUUUAU